UUGUUUCCUUUUCGGCUCUCCAACACCGCUUAGGCCGACCGGAUACGCGGGUAGGGCUUCCGCUUUCCCCUUCUCCCUCCUCCCGCUUGUCCUCCUCAGCCAGUCGGCACCACAGCGGCGGCUGCCGGGCGUGGUGUCGGUGGGUUGGUUGGUUUGUCUCACCGUUGGUGUCCGUGCCGUUGAAUUGCCCGCCAUGGCUGAGCUGGAUCCGUUCGGCGCCCCUGCCGGCGCCCCUGGCGGUCCCGCGCUGGGGAACGGAGUGGCCGGCGCCGGCGAGGAAGACCCGGCCGCGGCCUUCUUGGCGCAGCAGGAGAGCGAGAUUGCGGGCAUCGAGAACGACGAGGCCUUCGCCAUCCUGGACGGCGGCGCCCCCGGGCCCCAGCCGCACGGCGAGCCGCCGGGAGGUCCGGAUGCUGUUGAUGGAGUAAUGAAUGGCGAAUACUACCAGGAAAGUAACGGUCCAACAGACAGUUAUGCAGCUAUUUCACAAGUGGAUCGAUUGCAGUCAGAGCCUGAAAGUAUCCGUAAAUGGAGAGAAGAGCAAACGGAACGCUUGGAAGCUCUUGAUGCCAAUUCUCGGAAGCAAGAAGCAGAGUGGAAAGAAAAGGCAAUAAAGGAGCUAGAAGAGUGGUAUGCGAGACAGGACGAGCAGCUACAGAAAACAAAAGCAAAUAACAGGGUGGCAGAUGAAGCUUUCUACAAACAACCCUUCGCUGACGUGAUUGGUUAUGUCACAAACAUAAACCAUCCUUGCUACAGCCUAGAACAGGCAGCAGAAGAAGCCUUUGUAAAUGACAUUGACGAGUCGUCCCCAGGCACUGAGUGGGAACGGGUGGCCCGGCUGUGUGACUUUAACCCCAAGUCCAGCAAGCAGGCCAAAGACGUCUCCCGCAUGCGCUCAGUGCUCAUCUCCCUCAAGCAGGCCCCGCUGGUGCACUGAAGAGCCACCCUGUGGAAACACUACAUCUGCAAUAUCUUAAUCCUUCUCAGUGAAGCUCUUCACAGUCAUUGGAUUAAUUAUGUUGAGUUCUUUUGGACCAAACCUUUUUGUCUUUAGAAUUGAUCAUUGUUUGUGAUUGCAUGUUUCCUUCAACUGUGUUCUCCCUGGCAUUCAGAGAGGAGGGGGAGGAGGAAGAGAAAGGAAAGCUUCCCAGUAGUAGCCUCAACCUGUGCUUUUGUGCAUUAUUCUGAGAAUAAAUUUCUGUUUCAAACUA